AUGGAGAUGGAAGAAAACUCAAAGAAGUAUUUAACUGUGAAUACGCUCAAGGGUCUAUACCAAUUCAACGAGAUGUUGUUUGGAAUCGCGUCUGCACCAGCAAUAUGGCAGAGGRCUAUGGAACAGAUUCUGCAAGGAAUACCAUCAGUCCAAUGCAUCCUAGAUGACAUGAUAAUAACUGGUAAGGACAAUACCGAACAUUUUAACAAUCUGGAAAGUGUGUUGAGCCGUCUGCAACAGUACCAACUCAAGGUCAACCUAGACAAAUGCCAGUUCUUCCAAGAUGAGAUCGAAUACUGUGGACACAAGAUAGAUAAGCACGGCAUACACAAGACAGAAGAAGAGAUUAAAGCAGUGCGUAACACUCCAGCACUCAAGAACGUAACUCAGCUUCGCGCAUUCAUUGGCCUCGUAAAUUAUUACCACAGAUUUCUACAAGACCUAGCCUCGGUAAUGAGACCACUCCACCAGCUACUGGAACAAGGUAAAGCAUGGCAGUSGACGAAAGCAUGUGACAAAGCCUUCGAUAAGGUAAAAGAGAUGGUCACGYCAGAUUUGGUAUUGUGUCAUCAUGAUUCCAAGAAGCCUAUCCGCUUAGCAUGCGACGCGUCUCCGUAUGGAGUCGGCGCAGUUCUAUCCCAUAUCAUCGAUGGACAAGAAAGACCAAUAGCAUUCGCUUCUCGCACCUUAACGAAAGCAGAGAAAAACUACUCUCAAAUUGACAAAGAAGCAUUAGCAAUCAUCUUUGGAAUCAAACGAUUCCACACCUACCUUUACGGAAGACAGUUUACAUUGGUUACGGAUCAUCAACCACUAGUAACCAUCUUCAGCCCAACCAAAGGCAUACCAGUGACCACAGCUACAAGACUACAGCGAUAUACUUAUGACAUAGAGUAUAGGAACACUAAGCGACACACUAACGCUGGCGCCCUUUCAAGACUACCGUUCGAAGUAACCCCAGAGGAUCAAAAGGAAGAAGCUGUUGACAUUUUCCACUUAAGUCAGUUUGAACAGUUACCAGUGACAAGCGCAACAAUCAGACGAGAGACAACAAGAGACAAGACCUUAAGUAGAGUCUAUGAACAGCCCAUGUCUGGAUGGUCAAAUAAGCCAGACGACAAGGUACUACUGGCGUACUACAAUCGUCGAGAUGAAACCACAAUGUAUCAGGGAUGUCUCAUGUGGGGAAUACGAGUAAUCAUUCCAGACACCCUAAGGAAACAAGUAYUGGAGGUCAUCCAUUCRACUCACCUAGGCGUAGURAAAAUGAAAGCYCUCGCUAGAAGUCACAUCUGGUGGCCAGGAAUCGACUCCGAAAUUGAACAGAUAACCAAAACCUGCUCUGGUUGUAACAAAGUACGAAACAACCCAACAAACAUACCUAUCCACCCGUGGGAAUGGCCAAGUUCACCUUGGGAACGGAUCCAUAUCGAUUUUGCUGGACCAUUUAUGAACAAACAGCUUUCGAUUAUUGUCGACGCACACUGCAGAUUGCCAGUAACAAGAAGCACUAUUGAGGUACUACGCUCAGUAUUCGCAAGAAACGGCGUACCACAGCAGCUCGUUUCCGACAACGGAGCGCAGUUCACGUCAGAGGAAUUUCAAACAUUCAUGAAGAGCAAUGGAAUUUACCAUUUUAGAUCAGCACCGUUCCAUCCUGCAACRAAUGGACAAGCAGAAAGAUUCGUGCAAACCUUCAAACAGAGUAUGAAGGCAAUGAAAUCAGAAUCAGCCUCUCUAAACAAAAAGAUAGCAAAUUUCCUACUGAUGUACCUCAACACACCUCAUGCUACCACUAGCGAAACACCUGCCAAAAUGUUACUUGGUCGAAACAUACGUUCCCGUCUGGAUUUGAUGAAGCCAGAUGUAAAAAGCACAGUGCAGCAGAAACAAAUGAAGAAAGUACUCGAGAAGAAGACACCUAUACGCUUGUUUGAUAAUGGACAACCAGUGACAGUUCGAGAUUACAGAGGACAAGACAAGUGGUUCAAUGGAACCAUCAACACACAACUAGGACCAUUGAUGUAUGAAGUCAAAACAGACGCUGGAAGUUAUUGGAGAAGGCACACARACCAAAUCCAAGAAAGGAAGCAUGAUAAAAAUCACUGCAACCCUCAACCAAGACCAGCAGAAGAUGUCUGCCCAUCAGAAGUAGAACAGCCAUCAGUCAGCACAACCCAGACAAGCAAGACAGUUACCCCCGCUAAGAGCAAUAUGGCGCAAGAAGGACAAGGCAAAGGACAUUGA